UUGGUGUAUGUGUCGCUUUUUGUUCGCUUAUCGGUUUUUACAUUUGUCGAAUAAAAUAAAAAUAUACAACUUUAGCUAUCAAGUGUUUGACUGCCAACUUAAAUAAAUUAUUGUGUAAAGUUAAUUUGCGUGUUUUGUUGUACAUAUUUUAUUUUUUAAGAGGUAAACAAAAGUAUUAUUUCGAUAUCCGGUCGAUAAAUCGUUUUUUUUUUCAUCACAGAAAAGUACAAUACAAAAAUUCACGGCAAAUGUCUACAAGCGUUUCAGAACAGAUGAAAACACCAGGAAACACAGCAAAAAACGUAGAGGAGCGAAAUAUUCCAUGGAGUCAGCAAGUCGAUGAAGCUUCCUAUGAAAACUUAUCAUCACCUACUGGUGAUGAAAAUACAUGUUCUCAUCAGAGUUCAAUGCAAUUUCAAUAUCCCCCAUUUAAUAUAAAGGAGAGUCAACAUGUUUCCUGGAAUAACCAAAAGCCAAGAAAGCAAAACAGUUUUGACUCGAAUAAAAAGCAUGUGAAAACAGCUAAUUCUAAUCAUACGAAAAGAGAAGACUUUCAGACAAAUCCAUGGGGGAAUCAAAAAAAAGGAAAACAUAUGACCGACAAUCCUUCAAACAUUAACAGGGCUAUCAGAACAGAAAAUGUGUAUGCAAUGAGUAAGUUUGAGAACAAAGCAAUUGUAAGUACGCCACUUGAGGAUAAGAAAACUGUUACGACAGCUUCUGCUGCACCCAAAAAGACGACAUGGGCUUCAAUUGCCUCGCAGCCAGCUAAAUUGGCUUUAAGGACUAAUCUUUCAACAUUAAGUCAUAAGAAAAAAGGGCCUGGUAUGCCCCCUCCGCCAAUGGUACCGGGAAAACAUAACUUGGAUGUUAAUACAUGGGAAUUGCCAAAUAAUAAUCCUCCUCCUGUACCAUCACCACCUCCGUCUACUGAUAAAUCUUUUGUUGCAGUUGAUCCCAAUAAUAUAGUUGGAGUUGGAUGUGAUUAUGAAACAGAGGUGCAGACAGAUAGCAGCCACAAAGGAAGUCAAUAUAUUCGUGAAGAAAAUAAAUCGAAUUACAAUAAUAGUAAUUAUGGACGCGUGCGAACUUCACCUAUAAGUAGUUCACGUAAGAACUGGUCUUCACAGUCCUUAGAACAAAACAAUCGGGCGCCUGGAAAUACGAACUUAGGUCAUAUUCGACGUUCCGAUAAUAAUAUUGGAAAUAGUGGUUAUCAAAGUCGGUUCACGGAGCGUAGAAACUAUACUCGUUUGGCGGAACAAGAAUCUACUUUAAAAGAUAUUGGCGAACGAAAUUUUGAUUCAAGUCAGAAUAUUGACGAAAUAACUCCAGAAGUUUCAAAUGCAGUGCUUGAAAAAUUAUAUGACAAAAACAAUUAUAAUCCCUUGGAAAUUGACUUGAAUAUUGCCACUUCAGCAAGAUUUUUUGUUAUUAAAUCAUAUUCCGAAGAUGAUAUUCAUCGAAGUAUAAAGUAUGAAAUUUGGUGUUCAACCGAUCAUGGCAAUAAGCGAUUAGACGAUGCUUUUAAAGAACGUCAAAAGGAGGGCGGACAAGUUCUUCUCUUCUUUUCUGUAAAUGGUUCCGGUCAUUUCUGUGGAAUGGCCCAAAUGAUUACCGCUGUUGACUAUAACUCUACAUCCAGCGUAUGGUCUCAAGAUAAGUGGAAAGGAAAAUUCAAAGUUAAAUGGAUCUAUGUGAAGGACGUACCGAACAUAAAAUUAAGGCAUAUACGUCUAGAAAAUAAUGAGAAUAAAUCUGUUACGAACUCACGCGACACGCAAGAGGUGCCUAAUGCUAAAGGUAUCGAAGUUCUUCAAAUACUCCACUGCUAUAAGCAUAUUACAUCAAUUUUUGACGACUUUUAUCAUUACGAAAAAAAACAAGAAGAGGAAGUUUCAAAAAAACCGACUUCAUUCGACAAUUUAACAACGACUCCGCCUAUAAGCAGACAUUAUAGCCGUCAAAGUGACGAUCGUGAUAGGGAAAGAGAUAUUCGAACAAUUGGUGGUCCCCAAAAAUUCUUCGCUGGUGGUAAUGCCAGUUUUCGUGAACGAAAUAAUUCUUAUAGAGGAAGUUUUCAUAACUUCAAUGAACAACGUCGAAAUGAAAGCCAUAAAAUGAACUUACCUUCAGAUGUACAGCAAAAAGAAAGGGACGAUCGAGUUGAUACCGAGCUAGAUAGAGAUAAUAAUGAAUAUGGAAGUCGAUAUGGAUCUAAAUUCGAUUACAUUCAACGUUCGAAGCACACCAGGGAUCGUGAUUUGAGUGAAAAAGAGACCAGAUACCGGUCCUCAGCUAAAGUAACGCUAAAAGACAACGAAUAUGACUACUGAUAAUACAUGACCCACAAAAGCUGACUAUAAUAAUUAUUAAAUUUGCACAUAUUAUUACGAAGAUAAAGCAGUAAUACAAUGAAGAAAAAUUAUUUGAACAAUAUAUUAUGAAGAGUUCAAUUAUGUUGCUAUUUUUUUUUUGUGUACACUUUUCCCCCUUGAAAACUAAAACGUGCAAAUAUUCGAA